UCCAGAAUUUGGGGAGUGCCUGUGGGGAUGACCGUCAGUGGAUAGAGGCCGUUGGGCCGGGGGCCGGUGUUUUUUUUUCCCCGGUGGAGACACGAUGCGGAGGUUAUCGAAACUCCGGAGGGCCACGACGAAAGAAGUUGCGUUGGAGCAAGUGGCGAAGGUGAAGAAGGCCUUCGCAUCUCCGCUGCUACCGUCGGCCUUCCAACAACUGCAUGCGGAGACCGGGGUGGAACGAGCGAGGAAGAGACAGCACUUGGGCAACAAAGCCUGGUUCAAUCUGCUGAUUGGAGUCAUGCUGUGUGUCAAUACCAUCGUUAUUGGCAUCGAGACCGACUACUCCAGGGGUCGAAAGUUGGAGGAUCGCCUGGUAUUCUUUAUCAUCGAGACCCUCUUCGCAGUGACAUUCUUUAGCGAGGUCAUUGUGAGGAUGCAUCACCAUGGCUGGGAAUAUGCUAUCGAUCCGUGGAAUAUUUUCGACUACUGCCUGGUGGUCUUCGGCUGGACGGAUGUCUUGGUGUCCGUGACCGACACAGGGAGUGGCGGCCUGCGGCUGGCGUCGUCCUUGCGGCUCUUUCGACUGCUGCGGGUGGUGCGGAGCAUUCGGGGCAUCAAGGUGUUGGCAGGUCUUUGGGUAGUAAUCCAGGGUCUUCUGGACUCCUAUCGCACAGUGCUUUGGGUAGCUUUUGC